GAGCGCAAGGUGUCACCUCCCCAGGCUCACGUCCCAAGGUCGCCUCGUUCCCCGCGCUUCCAGACACUAUGUUCUCCCAAUUUAUGAACUCUAUGAUCUUUUCGUUUCUCCUUUUCGUAGGCUUCACGUGCGCUGCGCCUUUGGUGGCGCGCGAUGUCUGGGAUCCCCCUGUGACGAGUCCGACGAGCGGGACGGUGUGGAACGUGGGGGAGACGCAGACGAUCACUUGGGAUACGUCGAGCAAGCCUGCACAGGUCACUAGUUAUACGGGCAAGGCUGUCUUGGGGUAUCUGGACCCUAGCAGUCCCGGAGAGCAUUUGUUCUUGGACAGUCCCCUGGCGAGCGGCUUCAACUUGACCGAUGGGAAGGUCCAAAUCACCGUUCCAGAUGUUCCCGCCCGGAGCACCUACAUCGUUGUUCUCAUGGGCGACUCUGGAAAUGCUAGCCCUCAGUUCACGAUUAACGGCGGCUCCGCUUCAUCCUCGUCGGCUUCAGCAUCUGCCUCCUCUAUCGCUAGCUCCGCCGUCUCCACCGUCUCCCCCUCACCCACCACUCUGUCGCCCACCUCCUCUGCGCCGAGCCUCACGUUGACAACUACGACCGCCAGUUCAGUUGAAACAACCACCAUCCCCGCUUCCUCGGUCGUUUCCUUUACUCUCGGCAGUACGUCCAGUACGCACUCGGAGUCCUCGUCUUCGGCCCCUGCGACGCAGUCCCCGGGCUCGAACGCAACUACCAAUGCUGCGUUAAGGACAUCUAAUGCAAGGACGCUUUUCGCGUCAGCACUCGGUGUCAUGACCGUCUCGUUAUUGGUCCUAGCCUGAUGGAUGUUAUGGAGGACAUGUGACGGAUUUCACUUUGUUAUUGUUUGAUACGAUUCUUACGACAGGAAGGGAUACUAAUCUUUGCAUGGUCGCUUUCUGCUUUGCUUGCAGGAGAGCAUUGUACAAUAGUUCGGCCUUGAUUCCAGAUAAUGAUGCUUCAUGUAUUAAGAGCUUGUUCAGGAGAUGUUGAUUGCAUUUCCUAAGAAUUGCUCCACCAGAGCCAUAAA